ACAACAACUCUUUCAACCUGCGAUAUGUUCUAGAAAAGGAAAAAUUAUCUGGAACUACCUUUCUUGAUUGGGAGAUGAAUCUUAAGAUUGUUCUCGAAUGCGAGAAAAAGCUUUACGUCCUAACAUCUGAGCCUCCCAAAGCUCCUGAAGCGAACGCCCGUGCUGCAGAAAUUACUUCGUACCGGAAGUAUGAAGAUGACGCACGUGAUGUGAGAUGUCUCAUGCUAGCCACCAUGACCCCGGAGCUCCAAAGGCUCCACAAGGACAUGGAAGCUCAUCCUAUGAUGACUCGCUUGAAAGGUCUAUACCAAGGCCAGGCUAGACAUGAGCGUUUCAAAAUCUCUACGACUCUGUUUUCCAAGCUAAAGGUGGUCGGUUACACUGAUGCUAGCUUCCAAACCGACAGAGACGAUUCAAAAUCACAAGCAGGAUAUUUGUUUUGCCUGAAUGGCAGAGCUUUUAGCUGGAAGAGCUUCAAGGAGGAUACAACUGCCGAUUCGACUACAGAGGCUGAGUACAUAGCUGCCGCCGAGGCAGCUAAAGAAGCUGCUUGGAUCAAGAAGUUCAUUACUGAACUUGGAGUGGUUCCUACCGAUCCCCUGACCAUGCCUUUAGGAAAGCUAAAGCAUGAGGGUCACACUAGGUCCAUGGGCAUUCGACCGAUGCCAGAUUGGCCAUAGUGCAAGUGGGAGAUUGUUGGAGUUGUGCCCUGAUGGCCAACUGUUUAUCGUUAUUCUAUCAUGUAUAGGCAGAUAUAAUAUGUUUACACAUCUCAUGCUAAUGUAAACAAAUAUUAUAUUCCUAGAUUUAUAUUUAAAAGAUGUUUAUCAGAUAGUGUUCUUCUGCUGAUGAGACUAACAUCUUGAAAUAAAUAUUUAUCUAAAUGUCCAUAGUCGAGUAUUAACGAGAGUGGGAUAUCGUUAAUGCAUGUGAGACUAGUGUGUGUUGGAUGUUU